GGAAUUUUACCCUGAAACUUACUUCUCUGAUUAAUCUAAAAGACCUCAGGUCAUUCAUUCCUAUUCUCUCUCUCACAUCCACCUUGAAAUUUUGGGACAUGGAGGGCCAUGAUGCUGAGAAACUCUAUGGAGUGCCUAAUUCCAGCUCAACCCAGCAUCCCCAAUUUCCAUCUGCAACUGAGAAACCUGUUCUCAACAUGGAAACAGUGGAAGAGUACCAUGUCUUUGCUCAUUUGGAUCCAUUUCAAAGCUCACAUUGCAUUCCACUUUAUUACUCACAAGUUCACCUUCCCAAUAGUCUGACUCAAAUCCCGCGCCAUAAAUCCUCUCCAAAUGCAUCCCUUCACAGCAGCAACAAUGAAGCAAAAGCUAUCGUUGAUGACCAGAAGAGAAGAAGAAUGCUUUCUAACAGAGAAUCUGCACGCAAAUCUCGAAUGCGGAAGAAGCAACAAAUAGAAGCCCUUCAGUGUCGCGUAAAUGAUUUGCAAGCAAUGAAUGAUCAACUAUCUCGAAAAAUCAUCAGUUUGCUGGAAUGUAAUCAGGAAAUGCUUCAACAGAAUGUUCAGCUUAAAGAGAAGGUUUCCUCUCUCCAAGAAGCUCUCUCAGACUUGUUAAUCCCCAAUGGCCCCACAGCAGAGCCUUCACAAGCAUAAUGCUUUUGACAUCUAUUAAGGUUCAUCAAGUGUCUGCUCCUCAAAAUAGUUUGAUUUCGCUCUUCGAAAACAUUCAGUUAGUAGAAAUCGAAUCAAGUCCCCCCCCCUACUUUGUCAAAACAUAUCAGUCAUU